AUUUUAAUAUUGCAUAUUGUAUAUAUUAUGAAUAAAACAGAUAUAACAUGUACACAUGAAAUUGCUAUAACAUUUCCUAAUAAUAAAUUUUGUGAAAUAACGUUGAAUGUGUUGGAAUCAGAACCUGAUCUUAAAACUGACCAAUCUUGUGUAGUAUAUCAAAAGGACCAAAAUAUUCUAAAUGUCUCAAUUCAAGCGAUAACGCCUCGAGCUCUGAGGCAAAAAGUCAAUUACUUCUACGAGUCCUGCUAUCUUAUUGUUUCAAUUUUAGAACAAUUUCUACCAUAAUUUUAUUACAAAAUUUUCUUCGUUUUACCCUUAAAUUAGCUUUAUUUUACUAUAUUUCGGUUAUAACUAGCCAUUAAUUUGACUAUAAUUGGUCAUUUGGGGAUUAAUUUUGCCUUUAUUUACAC